GAGGAGGUGGGGACGUCUAUCCCUCGAAUUCUAUGAGUAGGGCUCGCUCCAUUGUGGAGUCAGUUGGAUUGUUUUUAGCAACCUGUACCGUUCCUGCCAUGGAGUCACAGGUGAUGACCAACGCGGAGGAAAUUGCCAAACUCUACAGGGAGCUCAGCCUCUUUCCCUCUUUAAGCAGAGCAGACGUGGGACCUGUUAUCACCUCUCAGUAUGGAGGCAAAUACAGCAACAUAUACACAGAGUGGAGCCAGCGGGACCUGGAGAGGAAGGAGAGCGUCAGAUUUUGCAGACAAUACAUUGUAUUCCAUGAUGACAAGUCGGUGGUCUACACUGGUGCUUCUGGAAACUGUACAGAAAUCAAAGGAGAAGUUCUAAGUAAGGACUCUCCCUCUGGUGAAAUGAAGGCAGUUGUUAGAGAAUGCUCAGUGAAGGGAGAGGAGAAGCAGUUUCUGGAGAUAUGGAGUAAAAACAUCAAGGUGAAGAGCAUCAACCUGACAGCCCUAAAGAAACAUGGCAAAGUCUAUGAGGAUGAGCAGUUUGGCAGCUUGGUUUGGUCCCACUCUGAAACCCACCUCUUGUAUGUUGCGGAGAAAAAGAGGCCUGAGGCUAAAUCUUUCUUCGAGACUGAGGUGCCUGACUUGUCUUCCAUUGAAGAUGAGGAGGAGACCAUGAAGGUGGACAAAAAAGGCUCAGUGAAAGGGGAGCAGUUUGUCUACUAUGAGGACUGGGGAGAGGCCUUAGUCAGCAAGAGCUGUCCAGUGCUGUGUGUUAUGGACAUAGAGGGUAACAAUGUGUCUGUUUUGGAAGGAGUGCCUGACAGCAUCUCACCUGGCCAGGCAUUUUGGGCUCCAGGCGACACUGGAGUAGUGUUCGUGGGCUGGUGGCAUGAACCUUUCAGACUAGGUCUGAAGUACUGCCCCAAUCGGAGGUCAUCGUUGUUUUAUGUGGACUUGACGGGCGGGAAAUGUGAACAGCUUUCCUCAGACGCCAGCGCAGUGUAUUCUCCGAGGCUGAGCCCCGAUCAGUGUCGAAUUGUCUAUCUGGAAUGUUCUGUAUACGGACCGCACAUGCAGUGCAACAAGCUCUGUAUGUACGACUGGUACACUAAGAAGACCUCUGUGGUUGUAGAUGUCAUUGGGCGACCAAGAGAGGAUGGCUUCACUGGCAUCUACAGCAGUCAGUUGUCGCCACAGUGCUGGUCUGCUGAUAGUCAGCGCGUUGUUGUGGCUUGUCCUCAGCGCAGCCGAAAGGAUCUCUUGGUGGUGGACACGAGCACAGGAAGCAUCACUUCUCUGACAGCAAAGUCUGAAAUCGGUAACUGGUGUCUGCUGAACAUUGAGCGAGAUCUGAUGGUGGUCAGCUGCUCUUCUCCUAACUGCCCUCCAAGUCUGAGGGUGGGCUUUCUUCCAGGAAAGGAUUCCCAGGAGGAAGUGGUCUGGAUUACUUUGGAAGAGUCUCAGGCUUUACCAGAAAUUGACUGGCAGAUAAAGACUUUCACUCCUCCAGCAGAUCAAGACAACAGCCAAUACCCGGGCCUUGACUUUGAAGCUGUGUUGAUUAAACCAAAAGGAAUAAAGGAUGGAGUGAAACUACCUCUGAUUGUUCUCCCUCAUGGCGGUCCUCACUCUGUGCUUGUAGCCGAAUGGCUUCUGUCCGUCUCCGUGCUCUGCAGGAUGGGCUUUGCUCUGUUACUGGUGAACUAUCGUGGCUCUCUUGGGUACGGCCAGGACAACAUCCUCUCACUACCGGGCAACGUGGGGUCCCAGGAUGUUAAAGAUGUUCAGUUUGCUGUUGAAAGUGUUCUGCAAAGCAAUGAGUUUGACAAGCAGAAAGUGGCCGUCCUUGGGGGCUCCCAUGGGGGGUUUCUAGCCUGUCAUCUAAUUGGCCAGUACCCAGGCUUCUACAAGGCCUGUGUGGCUCGCAAUCCUGUCAUCAAUUUGGCCUCCAUGAUUGGCAGCACGGAUAUCCCAGACUGGUGCAUGGUUGAGGCUGGAUACGAUUACAGUCCCGAUUGUCUACCUGAUCCUGCUGUUUGGGAACAGAUGUUAAACAAGUCGCCCAUUAAAUACGUCCCUCAGGUUCAGACUCCAGUGCUGCUUACUUUAGGGGAAGAUGACAAGCGUGUCCCUAACAAACAAGGAAUUGAAUACUACAAAGCUUUGAAAGCAAAGAAUAUACCAGUUCGGUUGCUGUGGUACCCUGGAAACAACCACUCUCUCGCUAAGGUGGACGCAGAAUCGGAUGGUUUCAUGAACAUCGCUUUGUGGAUAACUCAGCACUUGAGUCUGUGAUGGUAAUUUAGUGAAUAUAGCUGUCAUGUGCAAAAAAAAAAGUCUGAAGGACACUACUUUGUGUGUGUGAGGUUUCUGUUUUAAGGUCCAAUCCAAAGCCAAAGUCUUGAUAAUUGAGCUCUAGCCAGAAGACACUUUGCUUAACUGAGCUUUACCCAUAAUGUGUCUGUGGGUAUAGUUACUGUUGUGUGUUGCAAAAGUGGAUGGGAAAAAAAUUAUAAUACAGCACUUAAAUAAAAUUCAUAUUUGAUUUGAUUGAAACUUUUUAUCAAUACUGACUUUGUUUUUAUCUGUCAUUUAAAUCAGAAAACAAAAAGGGCUUUUUAAUUCUUUGAACUUCUGUGACUGUGGCUAUAAUAACAAAAGAAUAAGAUGUGUAAUGAGGUUUUCUGUUGUUCGGGUAAUUUUAUUUUCUGAGUUAAAUCUCCUUUGUUGAUUCUACCAUUUUGUGCACUUAAUAAAAAUGAUUGUAAAAAGCUGA